GAAACCCGUUUGGAAAGAUGGAACGACAGUGACGUGUGUUCUAAUGUUAAACGAUGCGCUCUAUGUUGCGAACAUUGGAGAUAGCAAGGCAAUUGUGUGUCGGAAGAAAGAAGAUGCGUUUUCGCCUAUUGAACUGACUGUGGAUCACAAUCCAACCAUGUAUGAAGAAAGAAUGCGUAUACAAAAAGCCGGUGGAACCGUAAGGCAAGUGAUGUUAUCUGCUUCCAUGGAUGGACGAGUUAACGGAAUAAUUGAAGUAUCAAGGUCGAUAGGUGAUGGACAGUUCAAAGCUCAUGGUGUAACAUGUAUACCGGAUAUGAAGAAGCUCACGAUAACACCUAAUGACAGGUUCCUUAUACUAGCAUGUGAUGGAUUAUGGAAGUCAUUCGGUAAUGAAGAAGCGAUCAAAUAUGUGAAUGAAUUACUGGAGAAUUCUGUUAAGGGUAUGGAUGACAAAGAAAUUUGGCAACAAAUUGCUGAUGAGUUGGCUGCCGAGGCUGUUCGUCGUAAGUGUGGUGAUAACGUGUCGGAUUCGCUAGAUUACAACGAGAUUGUUAUUGAUCGCCGCGUUCUCAUGACCCAUGAGAAGUGA